UCGAUCACUUAUCCUGACUCCAGAUCGUAAGUUAUGAAAUUAAGAAUCGAGUAGAACAUUAAGUUGCUUGCUCAAACUCGGAUAAACUCACGGGGUUCGAUCGUAAAUUAAAUUUUGUGCACGUUCAAUACAAAAAAUAUGAAUAAAUGUGGAGCUGCAAGAAGGUGUGUCGGGCUAUUGACGAUUCUCGGUUUGUUUUUCUUCAUCUCUGACCUCUCUGUUGACCAGCAUUCAGCAACUUACAUGAAAGAGAACGCUGAGCGGAUAUACGAAGUCAGCUAAUGAUAGGUCUGCGAAGCGAAACAUCAGUUAGGCGGCCGGAACGUGUUGCAACGAUGCGAUGACGAUACCGUGUUGCUCGAUGCGCCGUAUAAUGUACGUUUGGAAACAAUUCGGCGGCUCGAGUGGCACUUGCGAGCUCUGCUUUUUACGCCGGGCCAACGGUCAACGGCCAACGGCAUGAGCGCGCGAUUAUGCGAGUAAUAACUCGGCAGAUUAGAAAGAGAGAGAGAGAUUCGACUCUCGAGCAAAGGGAAAAACGAAGGAGAAGAAGAUAUAAUAAGUACGAGUGAGAAAGUAAAAAGAAUUUGGACUGGGGGGAAGGAAGGCGAUUCAAAAGAUGAGCGAGAUCACGACUUGCGUGCUUUCACACGCUGGAGAGGUUUUUGCUUGCACUGCGGCUAAAAUUGCCCUACGCCGGCGCAUGCGCCUGGCCGUGCGAACCCACGCUUGGCGCGCGCGAAUUACAUAUACGCGCAUAGAGAGGACUGCGUUGCACUCCGAUGUAUAGUAGCCUCGCCGAGCCGAGUGCCAACUGCCAAGCGUUAACCUAGUGCCGCGGACAACUUGACUGUGUAAUUCCGACACAGCUCAGUAGAAUCGCGCGAGAAAGCGAAAGUUUUUACGUGCUACAGUUGCAGUUUUAACUACAUUUGGUUCGGUUCGCCAAACUCAGGCUCUUUUCGUUCAAUCUCUCGAGUGCGAGUCGACUAUUGCAGUGAACAGAAUGCGGACCAUUGGCAGCAGCAGUAGCGCAGCGCAGCUAGUCUUUUAACGCGCGCACACCUGAGACGCGCCGCCGCCGUUUAUAUGUUUCGUGUGUCCGACAACCGCGACGACUGUGUAAUGUGUUGUCUGUUGUGAGUCGAUCGUUAUAUGGCCAGUGUUGAUUCGGACGCGAUAUAUUAAGAAAGAGACGAGCUGCUUUGCACGUCUGCUCGGACCAGAAUCGCUCCUUCAUUCAAGUGAGUUUGUUGACGUCUUAGAGGAUGGCCGGCGUAGUGCCGCACUCCGGGAAAUCCGGCAGAAAACAAUGGACAUUGCAUGAUGGACCUAGAGGUUCUUUAAGAAGACUAAGAUCUCAACUUGCAGAAGAUGGUUGUCCUGAAUCCCAGGUUGUUCUUGCCAAACAGUUACUUGAAGAAUCUUGCGAACUGGAAAUUGAUAAAGAGGAAAAUGCAAAGCUGGGCGUUUAUUGGUUAACAAAAGCAUCAGAACAGGGUAAUUUAGAGGCCACUGAAAUGCUUCGCAACUGCUUAGCUACCAGACGAGGUAUUACCGAACAUAACUAUUUUGAUGUAAAAAGCUGUCUAGACAUGUCUCAAGAUGAAAAGCUUGCUAGAAGAGCAGCUAGAGAGAUGUUCACAAGUUUAUCAAAUGGCGAAGAAUUCAUUACAACUGAACAAUUACAAAGGUGUAUAAGAAAAAUUGUUUUUCCAACCAAUGAUGAUAACUCUCAAAAGUCUAGAUAUAUUAAUGGUAAAAGUCAUCUUCAGCAUUCUUUAACUGAAGAUAGCAGUUGUGAACAAGAUACGCCGUCAGAUGAAGAUUCCAGUCCUAUUGUACCUCAUGAAAAUAAAGAUAAGAUUGAAGAAAUUGCUCCAGAUUGGUCAGUGAAUCAAGGGGAAAAAAUAAGUGAAAAUGUACUAGUUUCAGCCGCUGCAUCCUAUGCACGUGGUGAUCUUCCAAUAGUUUCAAGGGCUCUGUGUUUAACUGAGCCAAGCCAAAUCCAACUUGAUACAGUGCCAUUAUUACAACGACCUUUUGUUCAUCCCUUAGCUUCACUGAGACGAUUAUAUGUUUGGCUUUUAGAGAGUCUUGGUAGAAAAACUUUACCACUUCGAAAGUUUUUUUUCACAACUCAUGUGCAUGUUUUGUUACUAAUCCUAUUUCAUGCUAUUCUUGGCACUGAAAGUCUUGUGCUUUUUAUUCCUUUGGCACUUUACUAUUUAUCUUUUAUCGUUAUGGUUCUAGCUACGUUCCAGGUGCUACAAACUAAACGAGAACUUAGUGAGCUUAGAGUUUGGUCCCGUUUGUUCCUCAGCUAUUCAGGAGGGAGUUUGAAUCCCCAAGAAGCAGAAUAUCAAUUUUGUAAAAAUAAUCUCAAACCUUAUGCUCAUUUCUUUUUUGCGUUAUUACUCAAUCUCAUGUUGUAUCCAGUCAUAGCAACUCAAUGGACACCUCAAUCAGAGUUUUGUGUCAUUUCAUCUUGUUUGACGCUCAUUACUCUUAUCAAUUUUGCUUGGAGAGACAACAAUUCGCGGUAUCUCGAUUUUCUAGCUCUCUUCAGUUUUUGCAUAAAUGUUUUGGCCAAGUAUCCUUACGAAAUGGACUUGGUAGUAGCGCAAACCUGGAGAUUCCUUGAUAUCAAGGUACCAACAUUUGCCUCAUAUGUAGUUGGCAAUGGAAUCGAGUUUUGUUUAAAUUUUCGAGUAGUAUUUUAUCUCAUCAUACCAGCAAUUUUUCUAAAGAUGGCAACCAGAGAAAAGGGUCGAGGUAUCUAUAAAAGCUUGAUACCUCAUUGUGUGACCUUAAGUUGGUGGCAAAUGGCAGUACUUAGUUCACACAGUGCUACCUGGUAUGGACUCAUCAGAGGUGCCCUAGCACUAGUGGGCAUGGUAUUGUUUUUACCAAUUGUUGGGGUAGCUUCGAUCAUACUUCCAAUUGCAGCCACAGCUAAAUACAUGUCAGAAAGCGACUUAAUUAUGAGAAUAGGCACCACAGCCAUCCUUGGUGGUUUUCCGUUUUUAACUUCUUGGUAUCUAAGAAAAACCCGAGCUCCUAGAAGAUUCAACUGGGUCAUUUCAUUUGUCCAGUUGUUACUUGGUGCAUUAGCUGGAACAUUUUUAACAUGGCCUGUAUUAUCAGGCUAUCGAGAUUCAUCAGGUUUGGAAGCUGGUCCGUUUGAACUACCAUCCGAACUAACUUGGGAACAAUAUCAGAACUAUUGUCAUCAACCAGCAUGGGAAGAAACUUCAUCGAAAGCUCAAGUUCAAGUUCAGUGCGCUAGACUAGAGGGUGUACCCGUUGCUUGGGAAGGAUACGUUGUAAAUACACGAGUCAAGUCGGUCCAAAAUAAUCUCGUUACCGUGUUAGACUAUUUUCCCGAUAUCAUUGCUAAUCCGUUAAGAUGUGCUUUUGGCGAACCGCAUAAAGAUGAUUGCGAAAAACACAAGAAUGAAAUACGAAAAAUGAACUGUAAAGCGUAUCUUAAUGUACGACGUAAACGAGCUCGUUGUCACUUGUCCGCUUGGGAUUGGUAUGAGUUUGAGAUUGCAGUUAAAAUGAAAAACGGUAUGUGGGGAAGUCCAGCCCAAGUCAUUCUUCUUGGUGAUCGCUCAUUUGCCAACUUCAGUCUCAAUAUUUAUCCGGGUGAUAAGAUAUGGUUCGCCGGCCAGCUAACUAAUGCUGGCUUAGAAGGUGAAUCUCUACUCGGAGGUGCUAGUCCCCAUGUUUUUCUUGAAGAAGUUGGUUGUCAUGUUUGUCAUGCGAUUGAUCUCAAGACUCAAAAAAGACAUAGACAUAAAAUUAAAUUAAAUGAAGUUGCGCGAGGUAUUUAUUUAGGUUUAAAAACUGUAUUAAAUUUUCUAUUCAAUCCUAUUGUUAUAUUUAAAUAGUUAGAUUCUUAAAUAUCAUUACGUUUAAUUGUUUUUAGCUCUUUAGAGUUGGCAAAUUUUUAUUGACGAGGAAUAAAAUUACUCAAACGAAUAAAUUUUUAUUAAAAAAAUAAUAAUAAUAAUAAAAAUGAAAAACAAAAUUUUUUCGAAGAAGUAUAGACAGAUCGAAUCGUAAUUAUUAAAUUUUCAACGAUUUCUACAUUAUUCUUAUAAGUAUAAAAUGAAUCUCAGAUCAAAAUUUUAGUGUUUAAAAUAAAAUUUCUUCACCUGUUGAAAUAAUAGCAAAUAUACCUGUUUAUGAAAAGAGCAAUCUUUGAAUGAAAAAAAUUUACAGUAGCGUUGUCAAGUGUUCAUAUCUUUGUUACCUAUUAUUCAUAUUUUAUAGUUAGUAAGUUCAUGACGUCUGAAUGUACAGCUUUAAAGUUUUAUGUCUAAGACAAAAUUAUGUAAAAUAUAACUCAAAAAAGUAGAAUACUCAUUUUAUUUCGAUUUAGGUUCAAUGGUGAAAUUUCCCAUUGAGUCCUUGUUUAACAGCGUGAGCUUGAAUCUAUGAUUUAGUUUCUUAGAAACAAAGUAACUGUUAGUAUAAACAGGCAUUCUAAAGUAUAAGUUAGAUUUAAAUAUUUGUUCAUAUUUAUUAUGCUAGUUUUUUUGUAAUGACUGCUGUGUAAGUCAAAUUUUAUUCUUUUAUGUAUUCAUAGAAUUACUUUUACGGAAUUUUCAAAUUUAAAUCUUAAGUAUACGUAAUAGAAUGUAUAUGUCCUUGAUUUUUACAACUUUAUAAAUGGCUCAGAUUUUAGAAUGUUGAUUUUAACUACUAUAUAUGAUAAUUAUGCAAUGAAAGAUUUCAAUACUUGCAAUUUUUCUAGAUAUAUUGGAAGUACAAUGCAGUUCAAUAACGUCAAAAUAAAUGAAUUAAAUUAUAAAAGAAAAUUCAUUACUAUCUUUGAUUGAAUGUAUUCCUGCAAUUUUAUUAAAAAAAAAAA